CGAAUCCAGACAUGUCCUGAGCAUCACCCAGCAGACAGCGAUAUCAUGCAAUCUUCAGCCAAACUUGAACAAACGGCACCAGUUUCUGUCUCUACAAACUACCUCCGGGCGUCUCCAAGGUCGACUUCGAUGCGCAACUCAACCAAUUCAUGGACACGAUGGCUCAGCUCCCGGUUGUGCAGGAAAAUUGGGCCACCUUUGAGCUGAUCCUCCAAAACGACAAGCUUGAUGGGUGCAUCACCGACUUGGGUCUCCCUGCGCCGCAGCAAUGCGCAAUCCUGAUCACCCACGCGCACAGUCAUGAGCACUGCGAGAAGCUCACGAGCCACCCGUCGACGCAAGACAUGGUUGCCGCCGCCACCGCAUCGUAUGGAGGCUAGGAACGGCAAGCUGAUUAGCGAGCAGUUCCAUCUUUGAUGGCCGCCGGAAUGAUGGGGUCACAUGUUUUUCUCAAAAUCGGUGAGUGUUCAUAGUGAGGGCCUCCAAUGGCGUACAACCGGUCGUUUUUUGUGAAUCGUUUCUUCGGGAAUGUGAGGAAACCAAGUAUCGGGAGGCAUCCAGUGAUGAUCAGAAUGAUCACGUGAAACAACCUUGAUGAGCUCGCUGACAAAUCCAUUGAGAUCUUUCAGUGCACGUGAUAGAUUGAUCAAAUGAUCACGUGCAACAACCUUGACGAGCUCGCUGACAAAUCCAUUGGAUCUUUCGUGCACGUGAUCGAUGAUUUCAGGGCUAGGGCGCAUCACUGCUCGUCAUCGAUAAGGAGAGAACGGGCUGUCAUGAGCACAGAUUGAGCUACCACAUGUCUGCAUUAUUAAAGUCCUCGGGACUCU